UUGACCCUCCCGCUGCUGUGGCGGCGGCGCGGUGCGCGUGCGACGAGCGCGGUUUGGUGCGGCGCGCGGCCGCCGUGCUCGUGCAGCGCCUGCUGGCUGCCGCGCCGCAAACGCCGCCCAACGGCCUGGCGGUACCUCCCCACCAACUGCACGUCAUCAAUUGACUCUCCCGCUGCUGUGGUGGCGGCGAGGUGCGCGUGUGACGAGCGCGCGGUGGUGCGGCGCGCGGCCGCCGCGCUUCUUCAGUGCCUGCUGGCCGCCGCGCCGAAACGCCUCCCAACGACCUGGCGGUACCUACCCACCAACUGCACGCCAUCAAUUGACCCUCCUGCUGCUGUGGUGGCGGCGAGGUGCGCGUGUGACGAGCGCGCGGUGGUGCGGCGCGCGGCCGCCGCACUCGUUCAGCGCCUGCUGGCCGCCGCGCCGCAAACGCCUCCCAACGACCUGGCGGUACCUCCCACCAACUGCACGCCAUCAAUUGACCCUCCCGCUGCUGUGGUGGCGGCGAGGUGCGCGUGUGACGAGCGCGCGAUGGUGCGGCGCGCGGCCGCCGCGCUCGUUCAGCGCCUGCUGGCCGUCGCGCCGCAAACGCCUCCCAACGACCUGGCGGUACUCCCCACCAACUGCACGCCAUCAAUUGACCCUCCCGCUGCUGUGGCGGCCGCGCGGUGCGUGUGCGAUGAGCGCGCGGUAGUGCGGCGCGCGACCGCCGUGCUCGUUCAGCGCCUGCUGGCCGCCGCGCCGUAA